GCCAGGAGGCCGCAGCGUCGGUUCGGAGGCUGAGGGGCUGCCGCGGCCAGGAGCGCCCCCAGCCCCGCUCCCAGCUCCUUUUGGUGUCAUGUGAGUCUCCUCAGGAGCUGCUGCCUGAGUGGAAAUGCUCUCAGUGGUGGAGAAUGGACUGGACCCCCGGGCUGCCAUCCCGGUCAUCAAGAAGAAGCUGGUGGGUUCUGUGAAGGCAUUGCAGAAGCAGUAUGUGUCCCUGGACACAGUGGUCACUAGUGAAGAUGGAGAUGCCAACACCAUGUGCAGUGCCUUGGAGGCUGUGUUUAUCCAUGGCCUUCAUGCCAAGCACAUCCGCGCGGAGGCUGGAGGGAAAAGGAAGAAAAGUGCCCACCAGAAGCCUCUGCCUCAGCCUGUCUUCUGGCCCCUCCUGAAAGCUGUCACCCACAAACACAUCAUCUCAGAAUUGGAGCACCUGGUCUUCGUCAACACAGAUGUGGGCCGCUGCCGGGCCUGGCUGCGGCUGGCCCUCAACGACGGCCUGAUGGAGUGCUACCUGAAACUGCUGCUACAGGAGCAGGCCCGACUGUGCGAGUACUAUCAGCCCACAGCCCUGCUUCGAGACGCUGAGGAGGGCGAGUUCCUCCUUAGUUUCCUGCAGGGACUAACAUCCUUGUCCUUUGAACUGUCCUAUAAAUCUGCCAUCUUAAAUGAAUGGACACUCACCCCAUUGGCCCUCUCUGGGCUUUGCCCACUCUCUGAGCUUGACCCUCACACUACCUCUGGUGCAGAACUACAGCGGAAGGAGUCUCUGGAUUCAAUUUCCCAUUCCUCAGGCUCAGAGGACAUCGAAGUCCAGCACUCGGGUCAUAAGAUCCGGCGGAAUAGGAAGCUCACUGCCUCCUCCCUCAGCCUGGAUACAGCCAGUUCAUCCCAGCUGUCCUGCAGCCUAAACUCCGAUAGCUGCCUACUUCAAGAGAAUGGCUUCAAGAGUCCAGACCGUUCUGAGGAACCCAUGUCCUACGAUUCAGACUUGGGCACAGCAAAUGCUGAUGAUUCCGACCCGUCUCUACAAGAGGUAUUGUCAGAAUUCAGCAAAGCCCAGGUAAACUCUGUGCCAACCAAUGGACUAAGCCAAAAGACGGAGAUCCCCACGCCACAGGCCUCACUCUCCCUGGCCACGCKUACACACCUAGACUUUGAUGUGCCUGCAGAAUCCCUUGCUGCCCAAGCAUCUUCUGGGAGCCCAGAUGGUGGUCACAAGCAGGAAUCACUUUCCCAGGCAUCUGACAUCCCAGAUGUGCAGCAACCAGAUGUUGCCCAAGCUGAACAUAUGGGGAGCACUUCAGACCAGCAGCCCUCUAGUGCUACGAAAGAGACAGACGCAGCAGUCAGCCACAGGAGUGCCCAGCAGAAGGCCCUGGAGGAUGGUACAGUUGGACUGAAGCUUGUGGUUUCCUYCCCCACCAGCCCGAAAAGCAGAAACUGGAUCUCUGAAGAUGACUUCUACCGGCCUACCCAGGAGCAAGCCCCUGAGAGCACCGCAGAUGGCUCCGGAGCUGGUGCUCGAGGGACUCCAGAGUCAAGGCCUGCUCUCCACAGGCAUUUUUCUCAAGGACCAAGAAAGAGCUGCUCCCUGGGGGCAUUAGACAAAGCAUGUGUGCCUUCCCCAGGAAGCAGGAAAGCCAGGGCAGCACCAGCUCCGGAGCAUAAGAACUUCCGGGUGGUGCACCGCAGGCAGAUGGGGCUGUCCAACCCAUUCCGGGGCCUCAUGAAGCUGGGCACAGUGGCUCGGCGAGGGGCCAUGGGCAUCUGGAAGGAGUUCUUCUGCGAGCUCUCCCCGCUGGAGCUCCGCCUCUACCUGAGUGAUGAGGAGCGCACCUGUGUGGAAAGCUGCUCUCUGCUGCGCUGUGAGGCAGUGGGGCCGGCCCACAGCGAUGGGCGCUUUGAGCUAGUCUUCUCUGGCAAGAARCUGGCCCUGCGUGCCUCCUCUCAGGAUGAGGCCGAGGACUGGCUUGACCGGGUGCRGGAGGCCCUGCAGAAGGUCCGGCCUCAGCAGGAGGACGAGUGGGUGAACAUCCAGUAUCCAGACCAACCUGAGGACCCCGCUGAGGUUCCCCUAGGUGGACACCUCUCUUACUCAGCCUUGCUUCCGGAGCCCACAGUCCCCCAGGGCACACAGUUUGACUGGACAUCUGCCCAAGUUCCGGAGCCAGAUGCUAUCAAAGAAUCCCUUCUGUACCUGUAUGCAGACAGGACCUGGAUACCCUAUAUUUUUUCCCUGUCUUUGGAGUCUCUUAAAUGCUUUCGAGUGAAAAACAAUGAGAAGAUGCUAAGUGACAGCCAUGGAGUAGAGACCAUCCGAGACAUCCUGCCGGACACAAGCCUAGGGGGCCCGGCCUUUUUCAAAAUCAUCACAGCCAAGGCCGUGCUGAAGCUGCAGGCAGGGACUGCCGAGGAGGCUGCCCUGUGGAGGGACCUGGUCCGCAAGGUCUUGGCAUCAUACCUGGAGACAGCCGAGGAGGCCGUGACACUUGGCGGGAGUCUGGAUGAAAACUGUCAGGAGGUGCUGAAGUUCGCCACCCGGGAGAAUGGCUUCCUGUUGCAGUACCUGGUGGCCAUCCCCACGGAGAAAGGCCUGGACUCCCAGGGCUGCUUCUGYGCAGGCUGCUCCCGGCAGAUUGGCUUCUCCUUUGAACGACCCAAACUCUGUGCCUUCUCUGGCCUCUAUUAYUGUGACAUCUGCCACCAAGAUGAUACUUCAGUGAUUCCGGCCAGAAUUAUCCACAACUGGGACCUCACCAAGCGCCCGGUCUGUCGGCAGGCCCUGAAGUUUCUGGCGCAGAUCCGGGCCCAGCCCCUGGUCAACCUGCAGCUGGUGAAUGCCUCUCUGUACGAGCAUGUGGAGCAGAUGCGCCUCAUUGGMAGGAACCGGGAACAACUGAAGCUUCUGGGGGAUUACUUGGGCCUAUGUCGAAGUGGUGCCCUGAAGGAGCUGAGCAAGAGGCUCAACCAUAGGAAUUAUCUCUUGGAGUCUCCCCACAAGUUCAGUGUCGCUGACCUCCAGCAGAUUGCAGAUGGGGUGUAYGAAGGGUUCCUCAAGGCCCUGAUCGAGUUCGCCUCCCAGCAUGUCUACCACUGUGACCUGUGCACGCAGCGGGGCUUUAUUUGCCAGAUCUGCCACCACCAUGACAUCAUCUUCCCCUUUGAGUUUGACACCACAAUCAGGUGUGCUGAGUGCAAGACCGUCUUCCACCAGAGCUGCCAGGCUGUGGUGAAGAAGGGCUGCCCCCGCUGUGCCCGCCGGCGCAAAUACCAGGAACAGAACACUCUAACCUAGGCCGAUCUCCUCACCCACCCCAAGCCGUCCCAGCCGGGUUUGCCAUCACCCCAGGCUCCACUUGGUGUCACAGUGUCUCCCCUUUUCAGUAAGACCCUCAGGUGUGACUAGAGAGCAUGGGCCUCCCAGAGAAAGCCAGGAAGCCCAAUGACAUCCCAUGGCCUCCCACCUCCCUCUGUCUCAGGAGCAAGGACACCACCAGAUGUCCUCUGCUCAAGGCUCAGUGGGGCCUUUCAUCAGGCUGGGCUCACCUCACUGUCACACCUCCAUUAGGUCUGUUCAAACACUGUGGAAAUGAGACUUGGGGGACAUUUUCAAUUCCACAUUCCUGAUUAAAAGGUCUAGUUUUUUAAGGUGGGUUUUUUUCCCUUCAUAUUGCAACAGAAAAUAUUUUUUUAUUCCUGACCCUACACAAGUCACCCAAGAAACCCGGGCCUUCUCACCCUGGUGGAUGUGCACACUUAGGCCUGGCCCGAAGGCAGGCAGCCAGCCUGUCAGCGGACAGUGCCUUUCCUUCAUCCUUGCUGGCACUUGCUGCUGACAACUCCAGUGCCACCUGCCAAACUGCUUCCAGCAGGACGAGGUCAGUCCUGAUGACCGCCUCCUUUCUCUCCCAUCUCAUCUUGACUUCCUAUCCCCUCCCUUCUCACCUGGAAAGUCCUCCCUUUCUCAGAGUCAGAGCCCCCUCACUCUUCUCUAGUCUGGAGUCAUUGUGCAGAAGGGGAAAUGACUCAAAACCAGCACUGUCAGCACUUUGAACCUUCCUCGGUUGGGGGAAGGACUUCAUCUUGCCCAUUCUCCUCCCCCCACCCACCUUACUCCUGCAAAGAUGGGCAGGACCUGCCUCAGACUGACUCUUGAGGUCACACCCCUGCCUGACUGACUCCUGAGUAGGCUGGACCCCAGAGAGAGCAGUGAGCCAAGGGCAGGGGCUGCCUCAGAUGUCGUGACUGCCGAGCCCUACCCUGUGGAGAAGUGACCCUGUCCUUCUGCUGCUGAACUGUGCAGGGACAUGCAGAGAAGCUAUCCUGUGGGUGCUUCUGCAGCCUCAGUCUUACAAAGCCAUGAAUUCACAAAGCUGCCCUGGACUUGCCCAGCAAGGGUCUGCCAGGACUUGGAGAAUUUCCUUGGAGCAGAAUUGGUUUUUGAAGGGGUCCUGGGGGCUGGAUGGGAGCCUGGAGUUCCCCUCUAGGCAUGUCUAGAUCCUUGAAGUUUGGGGAGGGUGGGUGGUCUCUGCAGCCUUCCCCUCCUCUCCUGGAUCCAGCAGGCUCCUCUCACUGUCUCACCUGCCCUCAGCUUGGAGUCAGAGGCCUCAGGUGGAGAUGUACCUGUCACUGUCAAGAGGUGAGCCUUCCCCCAUCCUCCCUGGAGUGAUGGAGCUGCUGAGUCACCCACCCAGCCCCACAGGGUUGGAUGAAUUGUGCAAUAGAACAAAGGAGACAGUAGGCAGGCAGCGGAGGCUGCCACAUAGCUCCUGUGUCCCCAUUGUGGAAGGUGGUGAACACCUGUGCCCAGAACACCAAAACUUCUUGAGCCAGGAAGUGUGACCAUAUCUCUACCCCACCCACCUCCCAUAGCCAGCAUUAACUCUCCCCUGUAAACACGGCCUGAUCAGAGCUAUCACUGCCCCAGGUCCCUGAGUGGACAGGAGUCUGGCCUGCUGUGGGCCUUGGUCCUGGGUGUACAUUCCAUAUAGUGCCCUGGGAGGCAGCAGGAGUGAGGCCCUGAUUGAUGGGACCUCCUCACCCCUGGGAUUAUGUGCAUUAGAGCUGCCCUCUCCUCCAGUACCAAAAAGCUGCUAAUGCUGUUGGAUGAGUUGACUCUUACCCUCCGCCUCCAGUGGAAAGCCGAGGUGAACCUCAGCAGUACCCACACUAUUCUUAAAAUGUUAUUUUAUGCAAUAAACUUUCUAGAAAGUAGGGCUCUGGCCCUGAGAUUUUGCAAUGUAUUGAA